CUCAGAAAGACCAACUUUAUAACUUAGCUUGCAAUUAUAUUCUUGUUGAGAGUGCUUGGAAACACGAUAUGGUGAAAGACGACAUAGUAGUAGGAGAGGACUUGCAGGAGAAGUGCUGCGUAUAUCGAAACCCGAACGACGCGGUGGAGGCUCGAGUGAAAGACCUUCUCUGCCGAAUGACUUUGGAGGAGAAGGUCGGCCAGAUGACUCAAAUUGAGCGCAGAGUUGCCACUGCUGACCCGGGCAUCAUUCGCUCUAGGUUCAUUGGUAGCAUGCUCAGUGCUACUGGCAGUGGACCCGCCGCGGACGCGUCGUUUUGUGAUUGGGCGAACAUGGUCAACGAAUUCCAGAAGUCAGCACUGGAGACUCGGCUUGCGAUACCUCUGUUGUAUGGGAUUGAUGCCAUUCAUGGAAACGGCAGUGUCAGUGGAGCUACUAUAUUCCCUCACAAUGUUGGUCUUGGAGCCACCAGAGAUCCAGAUUUGGUUCGAGAAAUCGGUGCUGCAACAGCUCUUGAAGUUAAGGCUAGCGGAAUUCACUGUACCUAUGCUCCGUGUGUGGCUGUGUGCAAAGAUCCCAGAUGGGGAAGAUGCUAUGAGAGUUACAGUGAAGAUACCGAAAUUGUAAGAAAUAUGACAUCUAUUGUUACAGGCUUGCAGGGGCAGCCACCCAAAGGUCACCCUAAGGGCUACCCUUUUAUAGCAGGAAGCCGCAACACCAUUGCUUGUGCCAAGCAUUUUGUUGGGGAUGGGGGUACUGAAAAUGGUCAAAAUGAGGGGAACACGGUCUUGCACGAAAAGGAAUUAGAGAGGAUUCACAUGGCACCAUAUUUGGACUGCAUUGAAAAGGGAGUUUGUAUGGUCAUGGCUUCCUACUCCAGCUGGAACGGGUGCAAAAUGCAUUCUAACCGCAAACUUUUGACCGAAGUUUUGAAAGAUAAGCUAGGCUUCAAGGGCAUCUUGAUUUCUGAUUGGAGAGGGAUCGACCGCCUUAGCGAACCUCGUGGAUCAAACUACAGCGAAUGCAUCUCGCAGGCUAUCAACGCAGGAAUUGACAUGGUCAUUGUCCCGUACCGGUGCGAAUUGUUUGUAGACCACUUGUUGGAUUUGGUGAACUCCGGAGAGGUGUCUGUGGCCAGAAUAGAUGACGCGGUUGAACGAAUACUAAGAGUGAAGUUCGUAGCCAGACUCUUUGAACAUCCUUAUAGUGAACCAAAUUUGCUGGAUUCAGUCACUUCCAAACGGCAUAGGGAAUUAGCACGAGAAGCGGUUCAAAAGUCGUUGGUUCUGUUGAAGAAUGGAAAGGAUCAUAGCAAACCUUUACUUCCAUUGAAGGGAAAACCUAAAACAAUCCUUGUUGCCGGAUCUCACGCUCAUAAUCUUGGAUAUCAGUGUGGAGGUUGGACACGUAAAUGGCUAGGAUUCAACGACAAGGAGAAUGGAAGGUUUACUACUGGGACAACGAUCUUAGAAGCCAUUAGCGAAGGAGUGGGAGAAGAAACAGAGGUGAUUCACGAGGAGAAUCCAUCGACAGAGACAUUACAGAGAGAAGACAUCUCUCUCGCGAUCGUCGCCGUCGGAGAAUUCCCGUACGCGGAGUCCUUCGGCGACGAUUCGAAGCUCGAAAUUCCGAAGGACGGGAAAGCAACCGACAUCAUAAACUCAGUGGCAGACAGAUUCCCGACAUUGGUGAUCAUGAUCUCGGGAAGACCGUUGUUUCUGGAGCCAGAGCUGCUGGAGAAGAUCGACGCUCUGGUCGCGGCUUGGUUGCCCGGCACGGAAGGAGGAGGAAUUGCCGACGUCGUAUUCGGAGAUCACGAAUUCCAAGGCCGGCUUCCGGUGACGUGGUUUCGAAGCGUCGAACAACUUCCGAUGAAUGCCGAAAACGAGUGUUGUGAUUCUCUGUUUCGUCUCGGCUUUGGGCUGACCAAAGCCGAAGGCAUUAAUGUGGAGGAAAUGUGUUUGAGCAGAUUGCGUCACGAGAUAAAUGUGGAUGGAUUGUCGUGUGAGUACUCUGAGCAUGUUAAAGAUCAUGCGAUGGUGGGUAACCAAGGUUCCUCUUGCAAUCCAUCACUGGUGUUAGUAUAGUGACUGUAUCACGGCACGGUAGUGUCGUUUGUGCUUGUGUAAUUUGUGUUUGUGUUUCCGUAAGUGCGGCGUUUUGGCUGCUACAAGUUGAACUGUCGUUUGUUUGCUUCUGCUUGUUGUCGUUUAUAGCUAACUAUAUGAAGUUGUGUCGUUUUGAGCUGCGCCUGUUUCUACUGGUCAAAACUCUUGCUCCGUAUUGUUGAUUCUCAGUCGGCAAUAAUCAUACCAUCUUCAUUUGGGUGU